AUGGCAUCUACGAUAUCAUAUGGCGGACCUAACUCUGGGUUCCAAGCAGGCGUCAUUAACGGGAAUGUCACUGCUCAGUUCGCACAAUCAGAAACAUCGUUGAACCAAGCGUGCCUACGGGAUCUGCGAACGACCAACCCCCACGACGAUAAAGACCGUAUCAAGAACAUGAAUGGAGGGCUGCUCAAGGACUCAUACUGCUGGAUUUUAGACAAUGAGGAGUACAGACACUGGCAAAAUGACCAAAGCAGCCGUCUCCUUUGGAUUAAAGGAGAUCCUGGCAAGGGGAAGACAAUGCUCCUUUGUGGUGUCAUUGAGGAGUUGACACGCUCGAUUGGAGUCACUGCGAAUAUUUCGUUCUUUUUCUGCCAAGCUACUGACCUGCGAAUUAAUAAUGCCACGGCCGUUCUCCGUGGCUUGAUAUAUUCACUUGUCGAGCAGCAGCCAUCUCUUCUCCACCAUGUACGACGUCGAUAUGACCCAGCGGGAAAAGCACUGUUUGAGGACAUAAAUGCAUGGAAUGCCCUCUCGAGUAUCUUCACGGAUAUUCUGAAAGACGUGGACUUACGGAGUACCUAUCUGAUGAUCGAUGCCCUAGACGAAUGCACAACAGACCUCUCUCUCCUUCUAAGCUUGAUUGCCCAGGAGCCUCACGCCCAUCCAAAAGUGAAGUGGAUCGUCUCAAGCCGUAACUCGCCUGAUAUUGAAGAACGCCUUGGCACUGCAACCCAGGCAGCCGCGAUCUCGUUGGAGCUAAACGGGGCAUCUAUAUCUGAAGCUGUGAAUAAGUUAAUCUGGCAUAAGGUUAACCAUUUGGCAACAGCAAAGCAGUAUAAAGAUGAAACUCGCGAUACGAUAUGCCGUUACUUGUCGUCGAAUGCGCAAGAUACUUUCCUGUGGGUAGCCUUGGUCUGUCAGGAGCUUGAUAGAACACCGCGGAGGCACGCUCUUAAGAAGCUGGAAGCAUUUCCUCCUAGGCUAAAUGCUCUGUACAGUCGAAUGUUCGACCAGGUUCUCAAUUCGGAAGAUUCGGAGCUCUGCAAGCGCAUACUGGCUGUUAUGUCAAUAGUUCAUCGGCCUCUUGCGUUGGACGAAUUAGCCUCUUUGAUUGAACUUCCUGAUGAUCUCUAUAAGGACAACGAAGACCUCUCCGAGAUUAUAGCAAUUUGUGGCUCCUUUUUGACCCUGACUCAACGCACCAUUAUCUUCGUCCAUCAGUCUGCGAAAGAAUUUUUACUCAGAGAGGCGCGAAACACAGUUUUCCCCGAAGGCAAAGAAGCUGGACAUUAUGCAAUUUUCUCACGCUCUCUACAGGGUAUGCAUAGGACACUUCGUCGCGAUGUCUUUGGCAUUAAGUUCCCUGGAUUUCCUAUUGAGAAAGUCACUCAACCCAGUCCGAAUCUUUUAGCAGCUAUACAAUACGCGUGUGUCUAUUGGGUAGACCAUCUUCAGCAUGGUUGGUGUCAUAAACAAGAUGACGUUAUUCUUGACGAGGGAGGCUGCGUCGAUCUUUUCCUGCGGCAAAAAUACCUUAACUGGCUCGAAGCCCUUAGCAUCCUCGGAAGUAUAUCGCAAGGUAUAGUAGCUAUGCUAAAGCUUGAAGACUUGCUUCAGAAACACAACAAGCCACUAGCUCUUUCGCAUCGAGUCCGAGAUGCCUCCCGCUUUAUUCGAUAUUGGAGGGUAGCAAUUGAAAGCAGCCCGCUUCAAAUAUACACCUCGUCUCUCAUCUUCAGCCCAACCCAGAGUAUCACAAGAAAGUGCUAUGAAAGUGAAAAACCAGAUUGGAUUUUGAAUAAGCCAUCUGCAGAGGAGAAUUGGAAUCUGUGCCUUCAUACCCUCGAGGGACAUGAUGGUUGGGUCAGGACAACUUCCUGGUCCCAAGACGGAAGCCGACUCGUAUCAGCGUCUAAUGAUAAUACAGUGAGGAUCUGGGAUCCGGCCACUGGCCAAUGCAAGUCAACACUAGCGGGGCAUAGUGGUUCGAUCAGCUCAGUUGAUUGGUCGCAAGAUGGAAGCCAAUUCGCAUCGGCUUCUUUUGAUAAGACGGUCAGAAUUUGGGAUUCAGCUGCCGGCCAGUGCGCGCUAACACUCGAGGGGCACACUAGCGGGGUCAGGAUGAUUGACUGGUCCCAAGAUGGCAGCCGGCUCGCAUCAGCGUCUGAUGAUAAGACAGUGAGAAUCUGGGAUCCGGUUACAGGCCAGUGCGUAGGGGCCCUCAAAGGGCAUUAUGAUUCGGUUUACUCGGUAUCCUGGUCUCAAAAUGGAUGUCAGCUUGCGUCAGGGUCCUCUGAUCAUACAAUCAGGAUCUGGGACCCAGAAAUUGGCCGGUCCAUAUUCACUCUCGAGGGGCAUAGUAGUCCGGUAACCUCUGUUAUCUGGUCGCAGAAUGGAAGCAGAGUCGCAUCAGCAUCAGAUGAUAAGACGGUCAGGAUCUGGGAUUCGGCCACAGGCCGGUGCAAGUCAACACUCGAGGGCCACAAUGGCUCAAUCAACUCAAUUGCCUGGUCCAACCAUGAAAACCGACUUAUGACAGGGUCAUCUGAUCAUACAGUUAGAAUCUGGGAUCCAGCCACUGGCAAUUGCCUCUUCGUUCUCGAGGGACAUAGUGAUAUGGUCAUGUCCCUUGCGUUAUCGAAAGAUGGAACCAGAUUUGCAUCAGCAUCCUGGGAUAGAACAGUCAGGAUAUGGGAUUCAGCCACUGGCCAGUGCACAUCAAUACUCGAGGGACAUACGGCUACUGUGAACUCAAUCGCUUGGUCCCAAGAUGGAAGCAAAAUCGCAUCAGCAUCCUGGGAUAAAACGGUCAGGAUCUGGGACUCGACAGCCAGCAAGUCUGCAUCAACUCACUUAAGCAAAAGUGUUUCAGUGUUGUCUAUUGCCUGGCCGCAAGAUGGAAGUCGGCUCGCAUCAGGUUCCUCGGAUAGCAUUGUCCGGAUUUGGGAUCCAGCUACAGGUCAGUGCGUAUUACUCCUCAAGGGGCAUAGCGGGCCAGUUAGCUCAGUUGCUUGGUCGCCAGAUGGAAGCCGACUUGCGUCAGUGUCAGAUGAUAAGACAGUCAGGAUCUGGGAUCUAGCCACUAAACAAUGUCUUUCAGCUCUUGAGGGGCAUGGUGAUAAAAUCAUGUCAAUCGCGUGGUCAAAUGAUAGAAGUCGACUCGCCACAGCCUCUUGGGAUAAGACCAUUAGGAUCUGGGAUCCGAUAAGCGGCCAGUGUUUGUCAACUCUUAAGGGUCACAAUAAUCCGGUAUGGUCAAUUGAUUGGUCGCAAGACGGGUGCCUACUCGCAUCGGCCUCUUUGGAUAUGACUGUCAAAAUCUGGGACCCGGCCAUUGAUCAGUGCAAGUUUACUCUCAGGGGUCAUGGUGGAUCGGUUUGCUCGAUUGCUUGGUCGCAAGAUGGCAGCCGACUCGCAUCGGCGUCUUCUGACCGUAUACUCAAAAUAUGGGAUACAACCAGUGCUAUCGACCAUCUAACACCCUGA